AUGUUAAAUUUAAACGACGAAAAGAAACGCCAAGAAAUCCAUGAAAAGCUAUGUUUUUUAAACGCGAUGUACGUUGAUGUUUCGAAUGAAAACAACUUGCCUAAAACCAUAUGCUUCAUUUGCUAUGAGUCGCUCAACAGUGCCCACGACUUCUUACACAAAGUAAUGAAGGCUCAGAGUUAUCUCAGCGACAUGUUUGCUGCACCUCCGGUGCUGUAUUUCUCAGAAGAUGACAAGAAAGAAGACGAAGAAUCCAUCGAAGACGCCGAUGUCAAACCUACUAAUUCUAAAGAUAACAUUGACAUUGAAGUAAAACUGGAACCUAAACAUGAAAACGAUUUGAAUGUUACAGAAUUUUUAGAAGCUGCGAUGAGAAAUAUUUCAGAUGUGGAGAUUUACACACACAAUGAUAGCAGGUUUAAGAAGUCCAUAAGCAAGUGGAAGGAUUAUCAGUGGACCUGUGCUUAUUGUAAUAUUGAAUUUUUAAAUGUGGAAACAUUGAGACUGCACAGCCGCAUAACACAUGGAAGAUGUAAUGCGUUUGCUUGUGUAUAUUGUAAAGAUUUUGAAUGUAGCACCUUUGAUGGCUUUGUCAGCCAUGUAAGGCAACAUAAAAAGAAACUUAGGAAACGUUGUGAGUAUUGUGAUGAGGCUUUAGAUGAAGAAUUCUCAGAUGUCCACAUCAAGUACCAUUUUAAAAAUAAUGAACUGCCUUGCCACCUAUGUGGUGAAAUAUUCCCAAAAGAUGUGUUACAGGACCAUUUAGAAGAAUUUGAACCAAACAAGCCAAAACGAAAACAGAAUAGAAAAAGGGGUACCCCUCUCACUGUAGAAGAGUUGACUUGUCGACUUUGCAACAAGGUCUAUAAAACACCUAAUAGCCUACGCGACCAUCAAAAAUUACAUGCUAAGAAUCGUAAAAAAGACUACACGUGCGACCGGUGCGGCAAAAUGUUUUAUAGCAAAGGGGCGUUGACGUCACACAUAAUGGCCCACGACCAGGUGCGGCCGCACGUUUGCAAGAUAUGCAACAAAGCCUUUCUGUUUCCAAAUAUGUUGAGACGCCACGUGGAGAUGCACUCCGGGGUGAAACCUUUUUCUUGUGAGCAAUGCGGUAGAGCUUUCAGACUGCAGUAUCAGUUGAAUGCGCACAAAAUAAUACAUACUGAUAAUAUGCCCCACGUUUGUAAGUAUUGUAACAAAGCUUUCAGGUUUAAGCAGAUUCUGAAGAAUCAUGAACGCCAACACACUGGUCAUAAACCAUACAGCUGUGAGUUCUGUGGAAUGAAGUUUACGAACUGGUCCAACUUCAAUAAGCACACGAAACGGAGACACAACAUGGACACAUCAAAGAAAAAAAUCACCCCAGAAGGCGUGUUUCCUAUAAACCCCCAGACUGGAGAGAUAGUGCAAAUGCAAGAUGCCGGGACGGAAGAGUGGAGAUCUAAGAUUUUGAUUCCAGGAAAAAGAGGAAAAAAGAAAAUGAAGAAAGGGGACAAUGACGAGUUAGCGUGA